GAGUUACACGCUUCAACUCCUCAACUUUUUUUCUUUUCCAAUCUUAUAUAUUCAAGUCUCCAACAUACAAUUUUCUCAAAAAUUCUAAAAUUUCCUCUUCCAUAUUAAACUAAUCUUCAAAUUUUCAUAAAUAAAUUAUAGUAGCUCUAAAAAUAUGGAGAUUGAUGAAAAUAUGUUGGUAAAAAUAGGUCUCUUUAUUUUUGUCCAAGCUUUGGUUUAUUUGAUUUUAUCAAAGUCUUCAAAUGUAUUCUCCAAGACACAAAGAUCUUACAGCUUCAAAACGGCUCGUUCCGUCAGCAUUCGCCGGAUGGCCGCCGCGCUAGCCGACAUACCUGCCGGCGGUGAACUAUCUCCGACUAAUUCCAAGGACUUGACCUCUUCUAUUUCAUUCAAACACACAUAAAAUUAAAUCAUUAUUUGGUGUGAACUUUAUAUAGGUUUAUUUUUUUUUCUUUUAACUAGCUAGGUGUAAAUUACAAAUUCGUUGUGUAUUGUAAAGAUUUUAGUUUAUUUGUACUUGGACCUAUAUAUAUUAAUUGAGUUAUAUGUGUCCAUAUUAUUUUCUUGUCA